AUGCGAUCCGACUGUAUCUUGUCAGUUUUGAACCCUGGGGAAACUGAGACAGCUGCUGGUUCACACACUGAGCUGCCGGAUUGGCUGCGUGCUCGCUUGCCUUUUCACAUAAAAAUCACCCCACCUGCAUCCUCCUCACAAACACCAUGUACCCCCACGUUCUCCGUGCUCACCCUCUUACGUUCCCUCUCGCUGCCUCUCCCCGCCCAGCUGCUGCUGCUCUCACCAGAUGAGGCUGCUGCGCCGGCCACCAGCAGCGCAUGGCUGAGCGGGGCGUGGCUGGCGGCGGGGUGGGUGGUGGGGGCGCUGGAGGCGGGCGUGCUGCUCUUCCUCAUGCACGGCGUCCGCAUGUCCGCCUCCGAGGCCAUGCUGCGCACCGCUGUCAUCGCUGCCAUCCUCGCUGGCGCUGACGCGGCAGUCAAGGCGUCGCUGGUGUUCCACCACGCGCUGCCGCUCUUCCAACCACGCCCUGCCGUCGCCACGGCGGGCGCCGUGUGGCUCUUCUGGCUCGCCCACGACGCCCUCCGCGCCGCUGUCUACGCCGCCCUGCUCUCCCUGCCACUCUCCCAGUGGCGCGACGCCCUCCCUGCGCGCCCCGCCUUCCACCGCUACCUGCUGCUGCUGCUGCUGCUGCACUCUGCCUCUGCCUUCGCCUCUCUCCUCCUCACCCUCCACGUGCCCGCCGCCCUCUGCAUGCGAGGGCUGGCAGUGUGUGUGUACUGGGCGCUCUUCCCUCCGCUGCUCUACAUCACCUUCCUUGCCGACUUCUUCCAG